AUGGAUUAUUUAUUAAAUAAUAUUGAAGUAGAGAUAGAUUUAGACUAAAGUGAGGAUUCGAUAUAUUCAAUGUGUUUUAAGGUUUAUAAUAAGAAUUUGCAAACAUUUUGGAUGGUUGAACAUAAACCUGAAGAAGUAUCGAAAUUUGCAUUGGAUGUCUUCAGUACUUAAAUGCCAGAAGAGAGCAGUGAAAUAUUCCCAUGGCUUUUGGACUUGUGCACAAAAGUAAAUAGAUACAAGAACAAUGAUCCACACAUACUUGACUUCUUUAAAUCAAAACCAAUGGAGAUGAAAAGGAAGCAAUCAAAAAAAAGAAGUCUUUCGACUUUUAGUCAAUUGCUUAAAAUGUCCUGCAUUGAAGAAACCAGAACUCACAGCAGAAACACUGUAACAUCGAAAUAAAAAUAAUAUACUUAAAUAAUUCUGGAAAAUUAAUACAGGUUUUGUGAUUUAAAAACCACCAGAGAUUACAUAGAUUUAUUAGCCUUGUUGCAUUAUAGAGAUAUUAAAAAAGUAGGAUCUGGAGCCUAAUCCCAGGCAUUCAAAGCUCUGAAUUAACAAGAACAUUUGGUGGCUGUGAAAAUAUCUCAAAACACAUAAGAGAAUCUAUAUGCAGCCUUGAUGCAAAGACAGAUCAAUUAGGAUGUGGCUGAAAACUUCGUAGGAAAUUACUUGUUUCAGUAUCAGAUCUUGGAAGUGGAGGACAUCCUAAUCAUUGAAGAGGAGUUGGCACAGAACACUUUGGAGGAUUUGAUCGAGAGGAAACAACACAUGAAUGAGAAUUUCACGGAUUAUGAGAUUUUACAAAUCAUCAAAGAUAUUGUUGAUUAGUUAUACAAUCUGCAUAUUGGAAGAUGUAAGCUAUUUACUUUAAUAGUUAUUAGAAUCAGCUCACAAUGAUAUUAAACCUGAAAACAUUCUGAUUCAAGAUGGUAAAUUCAUAUUGCAUGAUUUUGGAGCUAUCAGAUAAGUUCCAAAAGAUCAGGACUAAGUUGAAAUUAAUUAAAUAUUUGGCACAAUAUUAUAUAUGUCUCCAUUAAAAUUUGAACACUAUCUCUCAACCAACCAAAAGUAAUAACUUGAUAUUCACAUUACCCAUACCAUUGAUGCAAUCUCCAACAAUUUUAAACACAACCCAUUUAAAUCAGAUAUCUACUCUCUAGGAUUAGUCCUCUUGUAAUUAUUACUUCACAACGACAAAAUUAAUCUAAAAAAGCAGAUUGAAUGUCUCUUUUAUGAGUAAAGACAAUAAAAUCUACCUACUUUAAUUGAAAAAUACGAAAUCUAUCUUUAUUCUGAAAAGUUCUUCUUAUUCGAUCACAAAUUGAAAAGAAUCAAGCCUUUAUUAAAGUUGCUACUUGAUGAAAACGAAGACACAAGGAUCUCCACCAUUGAAUUAGCAACUCUUUUUAAUUCACAGAUUUGCGCAUCCAUUCAAACCUCAUUUACGUAAUAAUUUGUGCCAGCAAUCUGGAAAUCAGAAUAAGGCACUUGCUAAUUGGCCUAUAGUUUGAAAUCCCAGAUUUAUUAGGGUUCUUACAAUAAGGAAAAGUAAAAGAGAGACGGAUUUGGUAUUAUGUAUAAGGCACCUAAAAAUGAUUUAAUAUUUAAAAUCCAAAGACACAAGAAGGAUAAGAAAUCUAUAUGCGAUGAUGAAUAGGAUUUUGAUAUCAGUUAAGUCACCUAACUGUAAGAAUCUAAAUAGAAUCUCAGUGCGAAAUAAAGUUUAGUCUAAAGUCAACUUUAAAUCCUUUAUUCUGGACAUUGGCUCAAUAAUCUACCUCACGGAAAAGGAGAGUUGCAUCUCUACAAUACAGUGAGCGACCUAAAUUACAAAGAAAUUAAUAUUGAUUAUGGCAAAUUGAUUAAUAAAAUAGAUGAUCACCACGAAGAACAUCAAUUGACAAUAAAUUCCCAAUUUUAUUUUGGCUUAUUAGAUUCAAAGACGACUAUCAAUGGAUUAGAGGCUUAGUUUUUUCUUAAUAUAAGUGAAAGAUUGGCUGAGGAAGAUUUCAUGGUGGGGAGGUUUUAUUACAAAUUCGUAUUUGAUGCAGCUACACAGAAAUAUUUUGGAUAUCAGUAACCGUAUGAUUUUACUGUCAUCGAUUUGGUGGAUUUGAAUGACACUGAAAUUAUAUGUCUAAUCAUUAGUAGAUUUAUUAAGAAUCUUAGAAGCAAAAUCAUUCAUUUCGAAGUUCGGAGAUACGUUAUUGAAAAACAGAUCUUCCUCAAGGAUAAGAAUAACAAUUAUAUAUACAUAAGAUUUGAUGGGUAGAAUUAAAAGGAUUCGCAAUAGAGGCAAUAAAAAGAUAUACAGAAUCGAAAGCUCAUCUAAUCUCAGAUAGUUCAAACAAAAUCUACAACUGCUUGUUGUGUCAAACAAAAGAAGAAGGUCAAUCAAAACUAACAGAAGGAUAUUGAAAUAUAGUCUGAUCUAUUGGAAUCCCAAAUUGUUCUAGAAUGUCUCAACUAAUAAAAAUAAAAUGUGAAUGAAUUAAUUCUAUAGACUACCUCCUUAUCUUCUCAAACAUUGGAAUGGCUAUUUGCAGAUGACAUGAUUUCUUAGGUAUAUAUCUCAUCCUCAUUAAUAGAUUGAAGUGCUAAGUUUCAAUAAUUCAUUAAUCAAGGACAGCUAACUUAAAUUGAUUUUGAUGAGUCAAUCUGUCACUUAAGUGAGGGAUUUAGAUUUGUCCAACACUUAAUUAUCCAUUUAAACAGUAACUGCUUUAAUAAAUUCAGACAAUUUAAACAAGCUCCACAAAUUGAGGAUGGCUGGAUGUCAGCAGUGUCAAUAAUUUGAAGAUUUCAUCAUUUGUGACAAAGCUUAGAAAUUAACUCUAUUAGAUAUAUCUAAUAAUAAGUGGGUUGAUGCCAAUCUCCUUAAAUUAUUCACGCCUGUCUAUAUGUCCAAUCUGAAUCAAUUGAAUCUAGAUAAGACUUCGAUAACUGAGAAGGAUAUAAGGAAGUUUUUAGAUACGCCUCUGGGUAAGAAAGUGAUACUAGUGCAAACAACUUCUAAGCAAUGGGAGUCUCAAAUAAUUGAUUUUAAGAUUUGCAUACGUACAGCCAAUAGCCUAUUUGAGAAUAUUAGAAGCUUAGAAAAAUAUGGUUACAUGUCUUAAUAUGAUAUGGAAGAGAAUACCUAUAUCAGAGAUGAAACUCUUAAAAGGAUAGCUCAUUCACAAGGUUUGCAGAAUAUUGAACAUUUGAAUUUAAAGAAUCAGGAUAUCACUCAAUAUGGAAUGAAACAUUUUCUAUAAUCCUAAUUUAUUACUAAUAUCAUAUCAAUAAAUUUAUCAAACACAAAAAUAAAUGGUGAAGUUUUAAAGUUAAUUUAUUCCUCAAAAAUUUAACAUUUGAAAAUCUUAAAGUUGAAAAAUUGCAAUCAAAUAAUGUUUGAUGAUGUGUAACUCUUUUUGAAAAAUUACAAGGCAGCAUAUCUUUAAAAAUUUUACAUAAGCAGUAGAUAAAUAUCAACGAAGAAACUUGUAACUGAGUUGAAGAAUUUAUAAUCACUGACUUAGACACAAAUCAUAUUUAACAAGUAUACAGUAUUAUUAGUAUAGAUAAGAAAAGCUAAUUGAUAUUUCUAGUUUGCUUACAACCAUUCUGACUUGGGUAGCCAUUUUGAUAAGCAAAUAAAGACUCCAAAAAUUCACCUUAGACUUACGGGAUUGCAAGGGAAUAAACAAUGGAUUCGAUCUAUUCUUAGAAGAGAUUCAAUCUCUAAAGGGAGAACAUUCUUGCGCACUCAUAUUCAAAAUCUCUAAGUAAGAUUGUAAAUUUAUACAAGUUCCUCCUUGUCAACAGAAAUUAUAAAACAGUUGGAAUAGAAUUAUAAAUCAGUUUAGUUUGUUUAAUGAUAGUUAUUUUAUUUAUUUAAUGAAAGAACGUUUUAAAAGGAAGGACAAUUUCAAUAGUAAGAUGAUUCUUAUUCAAUUGUUUUCUCUAUUAUGCACCUAUUACAGUGGACUGAUAGUGGUGUGUCUAUUUUUGGAUUUUGCUGUUGGAUUAUAAGUAAAGUAUUAAAUGAAUCAAUAAUGAUUAGUUUCAUUUAGGAUAAAUUUGGGACUUUGGGAUCUACACUUAUGAUACUUACUUGAGUGUUAAUCUAUUGAGCAACACAUUCAACAUCUUGGUAGUUGUAAGCGGAUUGGUAUUGCGAUUAUAAUUGUAGAUCUUUAUCGUAGUUAAAGGAAGUAAGGUUCUGGAUUUUGUUUUCUCUUUGUAUCUAUGGCAUUUCAUUAUUUGUUGUGUGUUGAGUUCAUCGGAAUUCAAUAACAUGUGGCUGAUUAUAAAUACUAUUAUAAGUAUUCUGACCAUAUUUUUGGGCGAAUAUCUUUGUGUUAGAUUUGAUUAAUAGGAUACACUCAUUAUUGAUAGAUUAUUUAAGAACAAGAAGAAACCUGUUGCAGAACACAAAAGAAAUGAUGAUAUUAUAAAAAUCAAUAUUUAAUGA